UCCUUCUAGAACAUUUCAAUGUCAUAAAUAAUUACCGGAUGUGUGUCGACACAAUUUCUGGUGAAUCUGUAGCUGAAAAAAAACCUGUUAUGCAAGUAUUUAUUACGCGAUUUUGAUCGUACAGUCAUUCAAAGGGGCUUUGAUUGUGAGAGAUAUCUGCACUGCGAAAACCAGGUAUGUCAACGUGUAUAGAAACAAUGCAUAACACACUUUGUUCGCGCGUACUGAAUAACUACUGUGUCUAUAAGUGAUGUGAGUGCGCAGUUUCACUACAGUUAAUUGGUGUACACACUUCUCGGCGCAACCCAUCAACACACAUUAAUUUGAUCACAUAUGAAGCGUAUUUGAAAUUAAUCACGAACUACUUAUGUAAUACACGUGUGUACGAUGCAACCACACGUUGGCAAUAUAACGCGCGAGCGAAAACGAACGGAAAAACGCAACACAGUUUAAGUGUGCUGAUAUUCGUGCGGUCGUAUAUGAAAGUUUUGAAGUGUACCUUGAUUAUAUCACAGAGAUCGGACCAAUGCAGUUCAAUUAACGAACAUAUGUAAGAUUUUACAUUAGUAAAAUUAAAAUUUUAUUAAUAUAAACAUUGUGUGGGAAAAAAAUAAGAAAUUGCUUAAGUAUCACGGGCCAGAGAGUUUAACAGCGACAGUAUAUGUCUCUUUCCUAUUACGUCGUUUUUAAGCGGUUGUAGGUGCGUUCUGUUUCACGCACGAUGCAUUAUGCGCAUCAUGCGUGAGACGGAACGCACCUUGUCCAACAACACGUGUAAAAACAACACACUUCGCGCGCGUUCUAAUGACGAAACGUGUGUAAAAAGUGCAUCUACAGCGAGUAACAUGCCUAAAAUGUGUGAAAGUAACACACUUAGCUUUUGCAGUGUAUUCACAGCCGUGAUUGACCCUAUACUUUUCGCACGCGCCCCGUGGAGUAUAGAGGGACACGGAAUUGCGAGUUUUUCUGUCGGGCGUAAGAGCGCGAAGGGUGAAAGAGCGCAGGUCCCUCACGGCUGACCGUGUCGACCGCGAACUCAAGAAAAUGAACCCGGAGGUACCGGAGGGCGAGUGGUGGGCGGGCGGCUGUGGAGAAAGGCGAAACGUAGGGAGUCACGCUAAGCAACCCCCGUGAAACUGGAGGUGGCCGCUCGAGGAAGCCGCCGCGGUACGCGGCGGAUCCCAGUCAGUCUGCAGGAUGAGGCGCGCGACGUGGCUGCUUUUUGUGUCCGCCCUGCUUCUCGUCCAGAGGACCCAUGUUUGCCGCGCUCAGAGGACCCACGCGCGACAGGGUCUCAACCGCGAGAGCCCAACCGUUAAGAUACCGAGUCAGGGUAUCGUCCUCGGCAAAGAGGUAAGCGUCAGUAACUCGUUAAGACUGACGCAGUACCUUGGUAUCCCUUACGCGCAACCCCCGCUCGGCAAGCUUCGCUUCACGCGACCAGUGACAGAUCCUCUUCCCUCUUGGAACGGCGUGAGAAAUGCAACGCAAUUUGCGCCGUCCUGCCAGCAGGCUUCGGGUCAGCUUAAACUGCACGAAAAGCUCUACAAGCGUUUGCUACCACCGGACGUGCCCGAUCCGGGAUUCAACGAGGAUUGUCUCUUCUUGAACAUCUUCGUCCCGAACGAAGGAAAUCGCCAGAGUGACCGAUGGCCAGUGAUGGUUUGGUUCCACGGUGGCGACUUCAACACCGGAACUCCAGCGAUCUGGGACGCCUCUAUAUUCGUUACCAAACAAAAGGUGCUAGUGGUGACGGUGGCGUAUCGAUUAAACAUCCUCGGAUUCUUCACGACGACGGACACCGAGGCGUCCGGCAAUUACGGCAUGUUCGACCAGAUCGCCGCCCUUGACUGGAUAAAGCGGAACAUCAAGUACUUUAACGGUGAUCCCGGCAACAUCGUCAUCUACGGCCACAGUUCCGGUGCCAUCAGCGUCGGGCUGCACAUGCUGAGCCCGCUCAGCAAAGGCAAAUUCCACAAGGCGAUCGCCAUGAGCGGAGACGCCAUCGGUUCGGUCGGCACCCUGGAGAGGGAGAAGCCGGUGGUGGACAUCAUAGCAAACAGAUUCGGCUGCGACCGACGGCCGACCAGCGCGCUCAUGGAGUGCCUGCGUCGGCUGCAGGCCGAAUUCCUCAUCAAGCACUCGUCCGACAUCGAGACCUGGGGCCCGAUCGUCGACGCCGAUACGAACAACGAGACGGAACCGUUCCUCGCGCAACAUCCCAAGGACAUCUUGGAAUACGGUAACUUCAACACGGUGCCGUUGAUCGUCGGCUACACGAAUAACGAGCAGGUUUUGGCGUACAUGGAGACCACCGGCGGUCAGAAUCCAGAGGGCGGACUCUCCUCGGAGAACUUCGAGACGAUGAUCACAGACGAGUUCACGGCGGCGGUGCAGACUCCGGAUGAUAACAGCACCUGCGAGUCGAAGCCCGAGAUGGUGACGAACGCGGUGCUGUUCUUCUAUAGACCGUACCCAUCCACGACGAACACGACGGUGUUUCGUGACAGAUACCUGGAUCUGCAAACGGAAAAGAAUUACGCAGCUGGUCUGACGUUGCUGGCCGGUAAAGUGGCGAAGCGAAGAGCGACGGCUUUCGUAUAUCGCUUCGAUUAUCGUCCCAAAACGGCACCGGUCGCGAAGGACGUGCCGGAAUGGGCGGGCGUGCCGCACAUGUUCGAGCUGCCAUUCGUCUGGGGUUUACCGCAUCUGAUGGGCUCCGGUGCGGUGCAAUGGAUUUUCAACGACAAGAAGGUGUCCGACGUGAUGAUGAUGAUGCUGGCGACGUUCGCCAAGACCGGGGAUCCCUCCUUGACGAGCGGGACAGGGUCGAUCAAGUGGGAGCCCUACACGCAGGAGAAUCCGAGAAUUCUGAUCAUCGACAAGAACGUGGAGAUGAAUGAGCCGGACGCGGUGGAUUACAAGGCGCUCGCGUUUUGGAACGACUACUAUCCGCAAAUUGUGAUGGAGGCGACGAACAAUUGUUGCAACAUCACGAACACGGCGGCGACACGGAGGAUCUUUCGCAGCUUGUGUCUCAGCGGUGCGAUGGCUACGUUGGCAUUGCAUCGCUUCUGGUUCUAGCUACGGUCAUAUAGCAUUAAAUAUUAAAUACUGAAUUAAACAAAAAAAAACGUGUUGUUGCGCUCGCUGUUGUAUAUUUUUUAAUAGACCAAUAACGAAAGAAGACAAAACGGCGUCGUCGGAUUUUGCAAUUUUAUAACAAGAUCUCUUCCCACACUCUACCUUUUAAAAGCAAACGCAGUAACAAUCUUGUUAUACUCUUGUAGAAUAUAUGUAUAUUUCGCGAAAUUCGCAUUUUCUCGUGUGAAUAGAUUCUGCGUACGCAUUCGCGAUAAUUGUUUCACAAUGUUGUACGCGUUUAAUCGAGAGUUCUCGCACUCGUACGCCUGUGUUUAUUGCGAUAUGGUAGUUAUAUUAUAUUUUCUUACGUUCGCAUUUGAUAUUCUCAAUUACAUUGCGUAUAUCACAAAGUUAUUUUAUUCCGUUCUUCUUAUCUUACAUGUUACUUGAUGUAGAUUAUACGAAACAAGGAGAAAUUAUCUACAGGUUAAUCACGCGAACGGCCGAACAUGGUUCACAAACGAGACAAAGGGGGCUCGGAAUAAAAUAAAAUGAAAUCCAGGUUGCAUUACAAGAGUAGAAAACUUGGGCCCUUUUUUUUAACAUUCACUGAUUUUUUUUUAUUAUUUGCCUUAAUACGGAGAGAUAUAGAAAAACAUACUUUGUUUGAGAAACAAACAGUUUGAUAACUUACGAAUAUUUUGAUGAUCCGAUAAUAAUUAAUAAUUAAUAUUAAUAAUAAUAGCAAUAAUAAUGUUCAAGUACCAUCUAUGUAUAAUUAUUAUAUUAUAUAAGAGAGAGAGGUGCGCGGCGAGAGCGCGAUGCUUGGGGGCUGGUGGCCUGCGCACGCGCACAUCCACAAA